ACUGCCACGACCACAGGAACGAAGAGCCCUUGCAAGAAAACUGCAUUGAAUUUGAAUGCCAGCUUCUUAAAAGGGAGGAAGUACAAUACAGGGUACAAGAUAAAGAAUGGGAGAAAACUGGAAAAAACAACAAAAGCUUCGGAAUGUUCCACAAAUUCCUUGCAUUCGAGUCCCUCCAUCUGCCUCUGACAGUUCCUUACUGAAGGACCUAACCCGAGGGCAACAGCGUUACUUUUACAGCAUCAUGAGGAUUUACAACUCCAGGCCCCAGUGGGAGGCCCUGCAGACCCGCCAUAUUCAUAGCCUUUGGCACCAGCAGCUGCUCGGUUAUAUUACUCAACAGGAAGCCUUGUCUUAUGCUGUUGUACUUAGAGAUUCAAUCAAGAGAGCCUCAACCAAGGUAGCUUCUCAAAGAACCAUUCCCCGGAAAUCUUCAGCUAUGACAAGAAAAUGUCCUUCAGCACUAUCUCUGUCUGUGGUUCUACCAAAGGUCCAAAGUACAGGGUGCUGAACUCUCAGGAACUGAGAGUUGGCAACAUUUUCUGAAACAUGCAGUUUCAUGUAUCCUGGCAUCUAGCAUCCAUGUAUCUAGUGAGCAAUCUAGUGGGUACUUAGUACAUAUUUGUUGAAUGGCAGUGAGUAAAAGAAAAAUUUCUAACAUAAACCUCAGACCUAAAUAUUAAUAUAAUCUCUCUCCUAUUCACAUAAAUUUUUCCAGCAAGAACAAGUUGAGAGAUUUUGGAGCAAUGAAGUAGAGAGUAAGCAAGCAUUUCCACAUAUAAUCUGUAGAGUAAAAUGACUUUAAAGCUUUCAGAGUAAAAGCUUCCUUUGAAUUAGAACCUCCUAGAGAAUUCCAAAAAUAGUGAAAGGGGACAUGUGACCAGAAGUUUCCAGGUCCACUGUCACUGGGUGACCAUUACCUGAAAGCCACCCACACUGUACAUAUUGAAAAUAUAGAAACUAACAUGGAAUUAACAUGGAUGACAGAGGGCUACAGAGCCAUGUUAUUUCAGCAACACUGUACAUUUCCUUCCUGUCUUCUCCAUCCAUCGAUGGCAUUCAACUUGGCCCAAAAGCUUCUGAUUCUCACCUGACUUGAUCACUUUGUGUCACCCUGAAACUUGCAUUUAUCAUUCUUCCACAGCUGGAUUGAUUUUACACAGCUAUAAUUGGCCUUGACAUGGAUAAGAGAAUUCAUACACACAUCUUUUCCUAGCAGCUGAAAAAACACCCUUAGCAGAACAUGAAAUAGCCCAAACAACUGAUCUCAAGUCUUACCUUUCUGUGGCCUCAAAGGUUUUAAGCAAAGCAUAUAAAACUAUACAAAUAAGCAAAAGAGAAAAUAGUCAGAUCAUUCUGUAGACAGCAUAGUAUUAUAUUAGUCAUAUUUAAUAGUUAUUUUCAUCAGUGAUUUUUCUGUGUGUUAAAAAUUAAUCACCAGUGUGCAUGUAAAGUCAAAAUAAAAAAUGCCUCUUUCUCA